UGGUGGGGAGGUGCGGACGAUUGCAGUCAGAUCAACCACACGCGCAUCAGUCAGCUGCCAUGGCUACGACGGAACACCAGCCUGACCCAGCCGAACACCGACUCCCCGUGUUGGGUGUGAGGCACCUUCAAGCCCUGCUGCUAUGCGUCACCCACGUGCUGAUCUUCAGCUUGCGCACAGACAUGUCGAUGGGGGUCGUUGUUAUGGCCAACAACACUGGUGGAAACCCUAACAUCAAGGACUACGGCUGGAGCCAAUCUGAGACGAGCACCAUCCUCAGCUCCUUCUUCUGGGGCUAUGUGGUGACGCUGGCGCCAGCCGGAUGGGCGGCGGACAGGUUCAAUUCGAAGAACUUGUUGUCGGCCUCUCUCAUCCUCUCCGGUAUCCUCACCAUGCUCACAGAGGUGGCUGCAGACACUGGCGGUGUGGUGCUCGUCUGUGCGUUCAGAGUAGUCAUGGGUAUCUCUCAGGGUUUCGUAUACCCAUGCACACAUUCCUUGCUGGCAAAAUGGAUCCCACCCAAAGAAAAUGCUGUUUUGGGAACUGCUGUUUACUCAGGCGAUCAGCUGGGCACAGUAAUAGGAAUGAUGACAUCAGGAGCAUUAGCUCAGAGCGCCGUUGGGUGGCCAUUUAUCUUCUACUUCUUUGGUGGACUUUCCAUCCUUUGGGGAGUGAUCUUAUUCUGGUUUGGAGGGAAUACCCCAUCUGAACACAAGCACAUUUCUAGAUCGGAACUUACUUAUAUUGAAGAAUCUUGCAAGGAUGUCUCACGUGAACAAAAGAAGUUUCCAACGCCGUGGGUAUCGAUGUUCACAUCACUACCCGUAUUUGCUCUCAUAGUAGUCACUAUGACACAGAACUGGGGAAUGGACACGCUCUUCACAGAAUUACCAACGUAUUUCAGUAAUGUUCUUGGAUUUGACAUUGCAUCUAACGGGUUACUUUCUGCACUGCCGUACAUCGCUAACAUUGUGCUGAGUGUUGCCUGCAGCUGGAUCGUCAACAGCGUAGAGAAGAAGCAAGUACUCAGCAGGGGGGCCUUAAGAAAGGUGAUCAACUCCAUUGGUCACUGGUUUCCAGCCGCGGCUUUGGUAGCCCUCAGCUUCAUCCCAGUGGAAGACCCAACGGCAGCUGUGAUCUUGCUGAUUGUCGCCAUCGGUUUCAAUGGCCUCACCGUCAUGGGUCAGAUGAUGAACCUUAUCGACAUCGCACCGAACUUCUCUGGCCUGCUGAUGGGUAUUACUGACUGUAUCGGGACACUGACGUCCAUCGCUGCACCACUUUAUGUGGGGGCUAUAGUCAAGGAGAACAUGUCUUCGCGAGUGAAGUCGCUGUUCAGCUCGCCAGCUACCAGCCAGGGGCAUCCCAGGCUGGUCGAUGAGCCGCCGACGCCUGCGCCUCUGCGUCGCCUUCGGCCACCUCGACCAAAGCCGAACGAGAAGAAGGUGGAGUCCACCACCACUGACUGCGAAGAGGUCGCUGCUGAUAAACCAGAUCUUCGGCCAAUUCAUUUUGGUCCAAGGCCAAGAAUUGUGCAUUUUGACUUGUCUGACAUUGAAGAUGAAGAGGAGGAAGUCUCUGGCUCUUACUAUCCUCCUGGAGUUCCAGUUCCACCCAGUCGACUGCAAAUCUUUGCCAGUAGACCACGCAGACGGAGUAUUUUUCGAGAGCCCCCAUCGCAGGAAGUGCAGACUGCGAUGGCACGUCUAAGAGCUGAGAUACAGGCAAUGGAGAACCCGCCACCUACCACCUGGAUCGGGCUUCUAGUGGAGAGUCUAGUCGACCUGUAUCGGAACAAUAGAGAUUACAGGCGGAACCAUGGAUUGGCAGAGAGACCAGGGUUCGUCAAUCGAAUGAAGGGAAGACUCACACCUGUUCCUGAGGCAGUGAGAAGAUUUCUGCAUCUGAAGAAGAAUGCGGACAAGAGACAGCUGCCGACGGGCAUAGAUUCAACUCUGAGUGAUUACUUUCUUCAUUGUAAACACCCUGACCCUAAUUACCCGCCAAUUAUUCCAUUAACACCACAGCUACUUGAAACCGCGCUGUGA